UGUGUUUAGUUUCACUUCCGCACUCCGCUGCUGCUGCCUGUAGCCUGUUAGCCUCUUGGAUGCCACUUCACACAAUUUGAGAAAGAAAGCGCGUUUCUUAUCCAGGACAAGGAAAAGCGUGCCGCUAACAACGUUCAUAUACAACUCCCGAGUACAUGCAGGUGUACUUUAUUUUAAUUGCAUAACAAAAUAGCAGCUUUAUUGCUUUAUUAAGUCAACCAGGAAGCGACGUUAGCGCGACGAAGCUCACUACACAACGGGCUACAUGUUUAAAGAUCUGUUAAAACCGUAACUAACAAAGGAACCCCCCCCCCAUACUCAUUGACUGUAGAAGAAGUCAUGAAGGUGGUCAACAGUCGCGGCGGAGGGUCCUUCCUGCUGUGGACCCUGGUCGUUCAGCUGGUCCUGUGUGGGAGUGGGGUCUACGCCACUGACGGCACCAAAAGCUGUAAACUGUUAAACGAGUCGGACUCAGAACGCAAAGUCCUCAGUCGACUCGAGUCACUUGCCCAUAAGAACUUUACAGCAGAGACCAAGAUUGGAGGUGAGAGUUACACAUAUGUGUUCCAGCUGUGUGGAGAUGCAGGGGGGUUUACCGGAGCCGGCAUUGUUCAGCUGGACAGCAAGAAAUUGGAAAGUAAACCAACACUGGUUGGCCUGUAUAAUGCAACGCAGGCCAUUGGAGGAAGUGACUGGGUGAUGUUGAUCUAUAACAACGGUGACAGAUAUGAUGCCCACUGUUCCAAAGAAAUGAGGAGAGCCAUGGUCAUGAUUUCCUGCAACAAAAAAGUGGAUGUGGGCCAGCUGAAGGUGGUGCUGGAGGACAGGCAGAGGGUGCAGGACUGUUUCUACCUGUUUGAACUGGACUCCAGUGCUAUGUGUGAAGCUGUUGAGUCCCACAUCAGCGCUGGCUCCAUAAUACUCAUCAUUGGUCUCUGUCUUCUGGCUGUUUAUCUCAUUGGAGGUUUCCUCUACCAACGACUGAUUGUUGGAGCCAAAGGGAUGGAGCAAUUCCCGAAUUAUGCUUUUUGGGUGGAAGUUGGCAACAUGACAGCGGAUGGAUGUGACUUUGUGUGUCGGUCACGGAAUCGGGAGAACGCCCCGGCUUACAGGGGAGUGGCCACAGAACCUUUAGAAGAAGAGCCAGAGGAGAGAGAUGACCACUUACUGCCUAUGUGACCUCAACACGUCAGAAGUGGGACAGAAAGUUUCGCUGUGUGACACAGUUUACUCUUUCACAAGCGGCAGGUUGCUGUUAGACACAAGUCUUGUUUUCCUGUACUGGUUUAGGUUAGGACCUGUCAGCGUGUAUUCCAGACUUGUGCCUAGAGCAACGACUGUGUGGUCUGCUCGUCACUUACGAGUUACUCAUAGGGCUGACAGACCCCAUGCAUUUCAUUCAGCCGUUUGAUGUCAAACAAAAGAGUGACUUAUCCGAUAUUACAAAGUGACAAUAAAGAGUGACUUUUCUUCUGUGGAAAUCUGGCACUAAAGGGAGAAGUUAAGAAGUUGGAUUUCUACCUGAUUUAAACUUAAUGUCCUGUUGCUCAUCUUUUUCUGCUUAGCUGUUUUUUUCUUGGGUCCUGGUUGUGCACUGACAGUUGUAGGUUACAAAACACACAAGUACUUUUGCUUGUGUAAUUUGGCUUUAAUCAGUUUAUGUAUUUUGUGUAUUGAAAGUGAACGAAGUAAUAGAAUGUAAAUGUAUAAUUAUAAGUUCUGUGAGUGUGCCUACAGCCUUGCUACACAAAUAGAAAUAGCUUGACUGACCUGGAUUUUUGUUUGGGCUUCCUUUCUCUCUGAUAUCUUCCUAAAAUGCUUCCUGAAUGAAAUCUGAUCUCGACAGUUAUAACUAACCGUCCUCUUACAUAUUUAUCUGAAAGGUCAACAAUGCUGUUAAAUUAAUGUGCUGAACUUACAAAUGUAGUGUCUGAAGCAAAGUAUCCAACUAAAAUUCAAUGUAUUAUGCUAUUUAUAAUUUAUUAUAUCAAAAAGUAUGAUAUAUACGGUAUAUAUGUAUUUGGGGUAUUGUAUUUCCAUAGAAUAAAUGAACAUUCACCACAAAAGACCAAUAUUUCUGAUCACAAAUAUAUUGAAUAAUUAAUAUUAUAGCGGGCAAACUCUGGUCUGGAUGCCUACGUUAUAUAACACACACACACCAACAUGGCAGGAGAAGAGUCGACUGUCUUUUGACCAAAUAUUCAGGCCGCUUCAUGCCUGAUGCUUUGCUUCUUUAGGAGGAUAGAGCGGCAGUGAAAAAACUUCCUUUUCUAUACACCUAUAUCAAUAUAAUACGGUUGUAAACAUGUUACAGCUCUGAGGAUACAAAUAAUGAAGUUUGUAAAAUGUUUAGAAAAUUCAAAUGAUUAAUGGAUUACAGCAGGAUUUUGAUGGUUAAAUGAUGUUAGGAAGGUUCAGUUGCAUAUGAAGUUACUAUAUUAUUGUCAGUGUGAGCACUUGUGUUUGUUUUGGUUUGUUUCCAUCUUUGCUUUUUGUGUUUAUUAAGUUGGAAUGUCUUUGCUAUGUCAGGGAAUCAGCCUCUAGAUUAAUAUCUAGUAAAAACGUGUUUGUUUCAGUGAGGAUUCCAAUGUUUUUGUUUCUUUUCUGAUUCCAUAAACAAAUAAAAUAUGAAAGUAGUUUGUGUAUGUCCAUUGUAGUGGUGAAAUUAGUACACACCCAAGUGCACUCACCUUUUGGAGAUUUAAAUUAAUGAAUGUAAAAUGUUUUAAUAAAAUCAUUUAAGGCACAACA